AUGACUUACACCGUUCCACUUAUAAAAUUUGUCGCAUUUUUGGAUUUGCUUGCAGUUGGACUAAUUGUGCCUUUAAUUCCCAGUCAUGUGCGACAACUGGGUGCAAGUCACAUUUAUGUAGGCAUUUUGGGUUCAGUUUAUUCUGGAUUCCAGUUAGGGUCUGGUCCAUUAAUUGGCAGUUUAAGUGACUUAAAAGGCUGUAGAAGUAUACUUAUUUAUACUUUAAUAGUAUGUUCGGGUGCAUACUUAUGUAUGGCAUUCACAACCUCAAUAGCAAUCAUUAUUCUUUUGCGAGCUGUUUUAGGGCUAUUUAAACAAACACAGUUGUUGACAAAAGCUUUAGUUCCUGAAUAUGAAAAGAAUGAGAAAAAACAAUCAGCUAUUUUUGGGAAAAUGGCUGCUAUAUCUGGAAUGGGUAUGACACUGGGUCCAAUAAUUGGAGGCCAUAUUGCUGAAGACUACCCCGAAAAUGGAUUUUAUUAUAUUGCUGGAGUGGUUGCUUUGUGCUUUAUUCUUAAUGCAGUUAGUGUGUAUAUGCUGCCACAAACAAAUAUCAAGAUGAAAAAGACAUCAGAAAAAAUACAUUCCAAUCAAAAUAUAUUUCAAUUAAUAUAUAAUAACAGUAAGGAGUCUGCUCUAGAAUUAUCUAAAGUGGACUGGUCACAAUACUGGGAGGUGUUUGUGUUUAAGGCUUUAUUAGGUUUCGCUAUGGGUGUAUACUAUUCAAAUUAUGCUUUAUAUUUAAAAACUCAAUAUGAAUUGUCACCUAAGCAUAUUGGUUAUGUAAUAUCAUUCCAAGGUAUAAUAGGUGCUGUUUCUAGCUUCUUAAUGGGCUACAUUAAUAGUUAUUACCCUAAUGAUAAGGAUUUUAGCCAUAGAAAUUAUCAUGUAUUUUUACUAUUAUCUAUUUCUAUCUUUGGACUUUGUAUGUCUUCAAAUAUAAUGUUUUAUACAGUAUGGCUAAUUCCUAUGGCCAUAGGGAAUGCUGUUGGUAGAUUAGUAACUCUAGAAAUGAUCUUGAGGAAAAGUGAUAAAGAGCAUAAAGGUACAUUGAUUGGUGCUUCUAAUAGUGUAGCUUCUUUAUCUGGUGUUUUGUCACCUAUGGCUGCAGGACUUAUAGGUCAGUAUUUAGGUGUUAAAUUUGUUAUUUAUGCAUCAUUAUGCUCAAAUGUUAUUGCCCUGAUAUUAAGCUAUAGAUACAAAACUAGACACGUUAAAGUGGACUAA